AAAGAAUCUUGAGAUUGUGUUGAUUUCAUCCGGGUUUUAAAGCGUGCUGCUUUAAGAGCUUCUCGCUCCGUGGGCGGGUCAAAGCAAGCGCGUAAGCCAAUGAGCGCGCUCGUCUGUUUAAAUAGUCCCUUCAUGUCAACUUGCCUUCUUCACUCACGGUUCACUCUUAACGCCAUGUUGGCUCUUGCGACCUGACUUCUGCGUGUGCGCUUUGCAGAACUUGACAGGAGUGCUUUAUAAAUCUUUCGUGCCUUUUUUUGUGGAUUUUUUUUUAAAGCUUUUUCUAUUUUUUGCAUGGCGCACUGGAGUACGCGCGUUGCAUUGGCGUUGUGACAUCGCAAGGAAUAUUAACGAUAUUAAGGAGAUUUGUUGUUGUUGUCAUAUGUGCAAGAAAAUGUCAGACGUGCGCCUUUCCAACGCCAGUCCGCCGCUGGAGAGGGUCGACGCGCGGCAGCAGGACCGCCUCCGACCCCGGGUGUGCAGGAACCUCUUCGGCAAACCUGACGAGGUCCAUGCCAAUUUGACGGCUACCCUGGAGGAUGACACACGCAGGCUCGUGGACCACUACAAUUUCGACCCGGACCAAGGUCCGCUCCCGGGUGGGGAAUUUCAGUGGACGGUGGAGCGGGACGCUCCGGAGUUCUACUCCCGACCGCCGCACAGGAGGCGGGGGCCACUUGCGGAGGACUCCCGGGAUUCGGCUCGAGGCCAAAACAGAGACUCUUCGAAGAAAAGAGCGUCGGAUGCUGCAGGUCUGUCGAGCGAAUGCACGACGAAGAGGUUGCAUUCCGGGGAAGACGACGACUACGAGCCGCCCACGGGCGCUGGAGGUCGGACGGGGGAGGUCCAGUGAGAGACAUGGAGAUCCCUCAGAAGAGCCCAUAGGAAGGCAAUCGAGGCUGCACAAGCACUGAAAUAUGUACACUAUCGAGGUUUGGCUCUUAUUAAUAUUAUUUUAUAUUCUUAAAUGGCCUCAGAAGCAGCAGACGAUGUAGCAAGACAUGUGCAAAUUAUUAUCCUCCCCGACCCUCCCUUACGUUAGUGUUCUUACUACCUAUGUAUGUUUUUUUUUGUUUUUUAAACAUGUAGCACAUAAAAAGCAUUCUGCUUUUCAUACCUGUGUUUUUUAACAUGUGUGAAUUUUGACACGGGGGGGAAUUGCAGUGCAAUUUCCACCCUAAAAAUAUGUUUCUUGUACAAGUGGUCAUUAAUGUGUCAUUAUUAUUCAGGUAUUCCACUUUAUGGAGGUAAAUGCAGAUUUCAACAAGUCAGGGUUGUAUGGAAACUUCAAUGUCUUUUGUUUCUUUUUUUAUUACGGCUUUAUGCGUGCCAGUGUUUUUAGCUUGUUACACUGGCAAGGUUCCAUCUUAACUGGCCACAAAAGAUAACGUUUACAAGGUCUCCUGAUAUGCCCCCUUUUAUUUCAUAAUUAUAUAUGUAUACAAUCAGGGUUUUGCCAAAGUGUGUGCCUUUUUUGCCUGAGCAAUAUUUGACCAAAUUUUACAGUAUUUGCCGAUAAUCCUAAAAAAGAAAAAUGAUGUCUGUAUUUUGACCGGCUUAUACUGCAGCCGUUUUGUUGAACUGUGGUGUCCAGAUAAAAAAUGUUUUUUGAAGAAAAAAAAAAAAAUCACUGGGCUACUUAUGCAAAUAUGUGAAAUUCAUGUGGAACAUGUAAUUGCACUAAAGUUUUUGUGUAAUAGGCAGAAAAACAAAGUUGCACUGCCUCAGCAAGGGUGUUAACUCUGAAGUGUACCUGUGUGCCUUUUUAUUUUUGAAAAACACUGAAAAAUUAUACUAACUUAUUUAUGGUUUUGUUCGUGCGGGUGUUUAUAGGGCUUUUCCAAAGCGACUUUUUUUUUUUUUUUUUGUAAAUAUGUUCAAAUCAUUGUUUUUCAAAGAUGAAUAAACUGUUGAAAAACUG